CGCGAAGGAAGUGACCCUGCCUCCGGCCUGGCUAACGGUCGCGGCGCUGCGUGGGCCCUGCCCUGUCCGCCGGCCCGGGGCGAGGAGAGACGCUGGCCAGGUGUUCCACAGGUGAGGAGGGGACAUCCCUCAAGGCUGCAACGGCAAUAGCCACAGAUAAAACACAAAGACUCGUCACUGUAUUUAGUUAAAACAGAAGGUGAAAGUUAAUCUUCAGAACUCAUUCCCAUAAAAGUUUUAAACAAGACAUUCUUAUUGACACUUCAGCUUUGGAGCACUUUGGCAGAGCACCGCCGUCUGGUCCCAGGCACAGUUUUUGUAAUUACAAAAUAGUAACAUUGUAGGAUGUCAGGGAAUGAUUUGGGUGUGCAUGUUUACAAGAUAAACCAACGAUUUCAUAUAAAGAGCAAGGAGACAAAAGCCCCAAAUGAAUCCUUAAGAAGCCCUCGCGCCUACCCCAACUGCCGAGUGAAAAGCUCUGAGCUUGGAGGUAGAACUUCUGGAUUAUCCAACAAAAACUUCUUAUUUUGUGAGCAAACUAGACAGUUCUUUACUAGUCGUGAGAAUGGUUUAGGAGAUGCUAGCUCUCAUUGCAAGAGUGGAGUGGCAAAUGACUUUAACAAGGAAGAGUUUGGAUCAAAGAUGAGCAAGGGAACGCUAACAGGAAACUCAGUGGAAAGCAUAAGUGGUAGAAGUAGUUUGCUGUUAACACCUUCAACUAAGGAAGAAAAUGCUGUUGCUGGUACAAACUUAAUCCAGAGCUCCAAUUCUGACUUGCUUCACACAAAGCAGAAAAAGAUACGGAAUUCCCCUGAGAAUAUUUUAUCUAUAAGCUACAAUUCAAAACUAUUUAAUUCAUUAAUGCCGACCCCUCGGAUGACUACUUGCCAUCAUUGUGGUCUGUAUGGAGACCUGAGAUGUUCUCAGUGUAAACAGACAUAUUAUUGCUCUCCAGACUGCCAGAAGAAAGAUUGGUGUGCACAUGGUAUUGUAUGCAAGCCAAUUAAACAAAAUUUAAAGAAAAGUGAAGAUAAUGCCAAGUUGCCUGGUGAAAUUAAGGAUAAAUUUGAUUUUAAGGGCAGUUUAACCCCUGUUGAUGCACACAAGACAGAAGAUGACAUCAAGAAAACAAUGCUUUCUGACCUGCAAAAUCUAGGGCUCAAAAAAGCUAUGGAAAUACAGGGUACAGUCACAGAAUUCAGGAACCCAAGUGAAUUUUAUAUACAGGUCUAUUCUCCAGAAGUUUUAGAACGUAUCAGCAAACUUACUGUGAAACUGAAAGAUUGUUAUGCAAAUAUUGUUAACCAAGAGGAAUAUAUUCCUAUCAAAGGGGAAGUUUGUGUUGCAAAAUAUUCUCUGGAUCAGACCUGGAACAGAGUACUGGUAAAAAAGGUGGAUAUCUUGCAGAAGAAAGCACAAGUGUUAUAUAUCGAUUAUGGCAAUGGAGAAAAUGCUUCAUUAGAUUGGAUUAAACCACUCCACAAAGACAUUGAACUGUUUCCUCCCUGUGCCAUUAAGUGUUGUGUUGCUAAUGUUGUUCCAAAACAAGGAGGAUGGAACAAAGACUGUGCUAGCAUUAUUACCCCUCUGCUCGUGGGACAGGACUGUUCGGUGACUGUUGUUGACCUAUUACAGGAGGAGAUGAUGACUUGUUUUGCUGUAGAUGUUGUCCUGCCAGGUUCUGGGAAACGCCUAGAUAAAAUACUUCUCGAAAUGGGACAUGAAUUGAGUCCAAAGAGGAAAGAAACUAAGAAAACGGACCCAGAUACAGGUACUGUGUUACAAAAGGAUUCUGAGGGAGAAAGAGAAAAAACAGCUGAAGAUGAAGAACUGGUUCAGAAUAGUGACUUAGCCAUAAAAGUUGUUUCCGUUUCCGUGGGAGAUACAUUUUCUGGUGUAGUUGCCCAUAUUCAAACACCAGAAGACUUUUUCUGUCAGCAGAUGCAUAAUGGCCGCCAGCUCGCUGAGCUUCAAGUAUCCUUGGGUGAAUACUGUAACAAAAUCCCUACUAUCCCAAAUUUCUGUCCAGCUGUUGGAGAUGAGUGUUGUGCCCAGUUUACAGAAGACAAUCAGUGGUAUCGUGCCUCUGUUCUAGCAUAUACUUCUGAAGAUACUGCUUUAGUGGGCUACAUAGAUUAUGGUAACUUUGAAGUUCUCCAAGUGACUAGACUUCGCCCUAUUAUUCCAAAAUUAUUGGAGUUGCCAGUGCAAGCUAUAAAGUGUACAUUAGCAGGUGUGAAGCCCCUUUCAGGAACCUGGUCCUCGGAAGCUAUUUCUCUGAUGAAACAACUAGUGCAAAAUAAAAUGAUCACUGUAAGAGUGGUGGACAAAAAGGAGAAUAGCUCUGUGGUAGAGAUUGCAGAUGAAUCUGUUACUCCAAUAAUAAAUGUAUCUAAACAUCUUUUAGAAUCAGGCCAUGCAGUGAAAGAUUCCAAGGAUGCCUUAACAAUAAAUGAAACUGUUAACACUGUGAAGGAAGUAAAUGCUGUAGGAGAAACCAAUAAAAUAGAUUGGACAUGGAUUAAGCUGACUCUUAAACAGACAGUAAAUGUCUUGCUGUGUACGGUGAACAAUCCUGGAGACUUCUUCUGUCAGAUCUUCAAAGAUGAUGACUUACUUGCUCUAAAUGUACUCAACAAGUCAUUGGCAGAAUACUGCCAGCAGACUUCUUCUAGUGUUUUCAAGCCUUCAGAGGGAGAACCUUGCUGUGCUUUUUUCUCUGGUGAUGGUAAUUGGUACCGUGCUUUGGUAAAAGAAGUCUCUUCAGAUGGAGCUAUUAAAGUGCAAUUUGUGGAUUAUGGAAAUAUUGAGACAGUAACUCCAGAUAAACUUCGACAGAUCACAUCAACGUUGCUAAAACUUCCAUUUCAAGGAAUUAAGUGUUGGUUAUCAGGUGUAAAACCUGUUAACAAGGAAUGGCUCCCAGAAGCCACAGCAAGAUUUCAGAUGUGCACUGCAGGACUUAAACUUCAAGCCAGAGUAGUUUCUGUCAACAAAAGUGGUGCUGGAAUAGAGCUCAUUGAUAAUUCCACAGGUUGUCCAAGAAUAAUCAGUGAAAUUUUAAUCAGUGAAAAAUUGGCUUUAAAGGAAGGUUUGCCAAAUAAAGAUGGGCUACCAAAUACGUCUGCUGAGAAAAUAGAGCCUCAAGAAACCUCUUCUGAGCAGUGGCAGACAAUAGAAUUGCCUAUCAAUGAAACUGUAUCAGUCCGUGUAAUGGAAGUGAUAAGCCCAGACUUGUUUUAUGCUCUACCAAGUGAAACCAGAGUAGAUAAAGAGAAGUUGUGUAGGUUGAUGGCUGAACUGGUAGAAUAUUGCAACACUCAGAACAGUCACUCCUUCAGACCAAAAGUCGGUGAAGCUUGUUGUGCCAAGUUUGCAGGUGAUGGCCAUUGGUACAGAGCUAUCGUUCUGGGAGUUUCUCAGUCUGAGGUGAAGGUAGCGUAUGCAGACUAUGGAUGCACCGAAACUCUACCAUUCUCUAGAGUGCUGCCGAUCACUGCACGUUACUUGAAGCUCCCUUUUCAGAUAAUUAAGUGUUCGCUUGCAGGAAUCAUGGAAUGGUCUCCCUUAAUAAUAGAUUUGCUAAAAACAUUAAUAUUGAAUAAGUGUGUCAUGAUCACAGUGAAAGGGAUCAAUGAGAAUAUUCAUGCAGUAUCCGUGGAGAAAUGUUUUGAAAACAGUAGUCUAAGUAUAGCCGACAAAUUAGUAAUGGAAGGUUUAGCCAAAUAUAGCAACUCUGGAAAUCAAAGUAUGCUACACCAAGCCCAUGGAAAUAAGGCUAGUUGCUGUUGCACAGAAUUAAAAAAGCGAAUUGAAAAACAUGAACAGAUCCUCCUCUUUCUUUUAAAUAACCACGUGGCUCAAGAUAAGUGUAGUGAAAUGAAAAAAUUAUUACAACACUAAAUCUUGUAGGCAUGGUGUGUGUGUGUGUAUGUAUGUGUGUUAUACGCGUAUACCCGUAACACUGUGUUGCCAAUGUUAAUGCAAUUGCUGCUGCUCACUGCUCUUAUUCCUAGAAUAGUGGCUGUGUUCAGGAGCAAAAAAAACUUGAUUUCUUUUGUAGAAAUUGUUUUGCUGUUAAAUGCUGUUGGAAUGUAUCUGUACAUAUGUGAAAUAAGAAAUUGUACAUUUGCACUGUCUGGAUCAGAGCAAAGCUAGAUGGAGCCAAGUUAAGGCAUGAAGCCUCUGGCUGUUAGUGCAGUUCUUUUGAACGAGGGCAAUACUUUUUCUUAAGCAACUGUUUUUAUAAGAAAACUCUUCACUUGCAAACCAAAAGUAUUGUAAGAGAACUUAGUGAAAACUAUUGAGUUUUCAUUUGCAAGAGGGAAAAAUUGGAUUUUUGUCUUAGAAAACUCAACUUCAUUUUUACAUUUAAUGUAUAGCAAACAUAAAAUUUAAGUUUGAAAUAAAAAUGCAUGUGAAAUUUUAGGUAAAUGAUUUGUCAUGAAGAAUAACAGUACAGAUACUACUUUUUUCAUUUGGUCUACUUAAUGUUCUGUGUCUAACUUAUGGUUAGAUUUGUUUAAAACCAUAUUUUCAACCUAUUAUUUUCCCUUACUGUUCCCUCCAGCUGCGUGAGGUAAUAUGAACAACCAAACUUGAUUUUUAAUUGGCAUGUAAGGUAUCUCUUUUACCUGCAAAAUCAUCCCUUUGUUAUCCAGCAGUUCUGUUAGGCAUUGUUUAGUGGUUAGAGGAAGGAACGGGCUCUCAGAACUCUUGGGUUCCCCAUCAGACUUUGCCACUAAAUUUAGACAAGUCACUUCACCUCUCCAUCUGUUUAUGCAUCUUUAUUUUAUUAAUGGAUAAAGUUCCUGUAUAUGUUCAGAUGCUGUAUCAGUGCAUAGUAUUUACCUCCUUUAUUUGAAAGACUAUAUCACAUUCACAAUGUAACACCUUUAUUGACAGUCUCAGCAGAUAAACCAAGGGGUCCAUAGACAUGGAGAUUGAAUUUCUCUCAACUUUAGAGCUAGUUUCCAUGUUUGGUUGGAAAUGUGUAUUUCCAUUGGUCAUGUGCAUCUGUUUUGUAGAGACGUAAGGACUUCAGUUUUACAGUGCUGCCAAUCUGAUACUUUUCAGGAGCACUGCAGUUAACUUGAAGGAGUUGGAAUUUUUAAACUGUUACUUUGCUUGUGCCACCAGACUUAGUUUUCGUUCCUCUUGAUAAACUUUGAGCAAAGUUUUGAUUGCCUUAAAAUAGGGGAUUUUUUUUUUUUACCACUUUGUGUAUGGAGGUAAACUAUUCCUUACCUUUGUAAAUUCAGGAUGUCUAUGAAAAGAGUCAGUGUAGUCCAAUUCCACCAAGUCUAUUAGAGACCUGUUCCUUUAACACACCUCAAUGAUGUAAAAACUCUCGGUGUGUAUAAGUAGUUACGCAGAAGGUUGGGAACUUCCAGUGUUUCACUAAAAGGUGAAUCAGCAAUGUUCAUGAGUUUGUGUUUUUCCCUAAGCACACGGUGAAUCUUUCACUCAGAAAUAAAUUCCAUUUGAACACUUAUCAUAUCCAGUCAGACACUUGGCUUUUAUUUGAAACUGCAUUCUAGCAUUCUCCUUUGCUGGAUGUCAGAUAUGGAAAACAUACCCUAUGUUAUCCCCCUCUCUAGUUUUUGUGUGUGAAAUACUUAUAUGGACCAGCAGACAGAACUGGACCCUAUUUUAAUGACAUUAACUUACGCAUUAUCAAGGAAUAAGUGCAUUGUUGCAUGUUAUUGUUAUCACUUACAGCUCCCCUCUCUUUCUCUAAAAACAUUUGGCUUCUGGUUAUGAGACUCUGAGUAUGAUAUGACCUGCAAAAUCCAAAAUAUGCCAAGAAAAUAACAUGCUAUUGAUGUUCAGAUGAAUAAGAAGAUAUAUAGCCUCACAAAAUAUAAUAUAGCCUCACAAAAAAUUCCUUUGGAAGCCAAGGUUAGUAUGUAGCAUUUGUAUAGCUCUUUUAUAUUUUCAAGCACUUUACAAACAUUCAGAACCAAAUGUGUUACAGUUGAACUAUUAAUUGUCAAUAAAAAGUUCAGCUUCGGAGGAGUUCAACAUAAGUAUUUGGAGGUGAACUAAAAGGCUUUUUUACAGCCAAGACGCAAGUUAGCUUCCCAUAUUUUUUGCGGCAACAGUUACUGACCUCACCAAUAACAAAAACAGAAGGGGGCAACAGUUCCUGUAUGGCAUUAAGGACAAAUUCUGUCUCUCUACGUGGUUCCCAUUUAUGUCAAUAGGAAGUGGUGUAUGCAUGCAUGUGUGUGCUUAAGUUGUUUUUAGAUCUUGGUGGAUAAGUAAAGUAGGAAACUAUUUUCUUAAUGUGUUAACAUCUUCUCAGAAGCAUGACCAUAUUCCUAACUAACCUCAAUGUCCUGAGAUAGCCCAUAGACAGGGACCCUAUCCCAUGAAUUAACAUUCCCUGUCUCCCCCAUCCUCCUGUGUUAAUAACUCUCACUUCAAUGAGUGGCAUCUGUACCAUCUGGUUAUCUCUUGUAUCCCAAUGUGGGGUUACCAGGAUCACCUUUGCUAGACUUCCCUCUGAGGUAAGCCCCCAACCUAUUACACAGUUGUAAGUUAGCCUGUAACAGAUAUAAAAAGCUGUUGAUCUCUGAGGCAGCUGAGCUAACCCAGCAAGUCCGGACCCUCCCUCAAUACCAUAGGUCCCCAUGGGUCCCCCUGGCGCCCUCCCAAGCUCUGUGGCUAAAUCUGUUGCCCCACAAGUUUCAGUAGCUAAAGCCCUGGGGUGCUGCAGAAAGUGGCCGCUCCCCUGCAUCUUAUUUUUGGCCUCAGUAGGAAGCAGUAGGCUAUAACCAUGUGUUGUGCCACUCUCCCCUCUAAGAUCCCCACAUGCAGCAAAAGUGGUUAAAAUUAACAUUCCCAUAUUGCCUCCCCCUUCUCCCAGCCCCUGGGUGCAGCACCCUGCUGUCCCCAGCCAUGCCCGUUAAGCCUCUCUCCCUCAAAUUCUCCUACCCUUCAACCAUCUCUUGGUGUCAGUCCAACUCAACAACAAUGACUCUAUCUCUUGCAGUUGUAAUGCUCUGCUUCUUUGGUCCCAGAGGUUGUUCAUCCUAGAGGUCUGGUUCUGCUUGUUCUGUAAGCACCCUGUAACUUUAGGAUUGCUACAGAAAGAGCUUCUGCUGCAACAGUAUGCGUAGUUUAAAUUAAUUCUUGGCCUGUUUCCCCAGUCUUCAGGGCUUAUUGCCCUGCACCAGCGGUGGUUCCCCCCUGCUACUCAUGGGAGGAAAGAAUCCCCAGAUGAUUCCUCCCACCCACUUCAUCCCUCGUGCUGCCCACAGGAGCACAGACGGGGGCCCCACUUUCUCCCCUUCUCAAUUGGGCCCAACAUGCUGAGAAGGAGGGAAUCCUCUUCCCCCUCCCCACCCCCCUUCUAUUAUACAGAGCCGGCUGGUUGCAGAUGAAAACAUUGCUGAUGCUGCCAGCCCAGCUGGUAAAGAGGUACCUCUCCAUGGCUGCAUGGGGUAUAAAUAUCCCAUGAAACCUCACUUUUGCAGUCAGCAGAAAGGACCAGGUCAAUGCUCACCCUAACCUAGCUCCAGUGACUUCCUGCCCUUCUGAUCUAUCCCUGUACACUUCCCCUUCUCCCCGUCUGCUGCAAUGGAGCCUUUUAAAUGGGCAAUGCCCCUUUUCACCAACUAGCUGGACAAAGACCCACUUGUAUAAAGAUUGAAGUGGGCACAUGAGUUCUAACAUCUUCUCAGAAGUGAAUAAAACUUCAGCUAACUUCAGAAAAUACUUUGCACUUAUAUAGCACUUUUCAUCCAAUGAUAUUAAAUGACUUUACAAAGGUGGGGGAUAGGCAUUAUUUCCAUUUUCUAGAUGGGAAACUGAUGCACAGAGUGGUUGUAACUUGCCCAAGAUCACACAGAUAGUCUGUGGCAAAAUUAGGGCUAGAACCCAGGUCUCCUGACUCAUGGUUGUGUUCUAACCACUACUUCCCUCCUACUACAGAUGGAAGACAUGGCAGACCAUUCUGUUCAGAUUUACAAUGCCCACUGUCUCCAACCUUUUUGUUUGUUUAACAAUCUGAACAUCUGUUUGUUCACAUUUUCUCAUGCACGUUACAGGCUCUCCGGUACUGUGAGGUUCCUCUAGCACUGUAGUUUGUUUUUCUAUUUCUCUUUUGUACAGUACAAAAAUAACUGCAAGUUAAUUUUGAAAUGUAUGGGGUGUAUACAGAGAUUGUACAAAUAAUACUGAAUAUAUGAGUUUUGAAUUACAAUCUUUCCUAGUAAAUGGUUCUGUUCCAGUGCUUUUUUUAUGUAAAAUCUCACUUGCUGAAGCAUCAUGGUUUCUUCCAUGAAGGUUUUUCAAAGGUUAGAAAUAGUCGGUUUGCUCCUUUCAAGAUUGUGUGGCACCAGUGCCAACUUACGCUUGUUCUUCCCAUGAUUUUUGCAUUUAUUGAGCUGCUGUAUGCAGAUAGUAUGUAAGCAUGGUGUGAAAGAAUUGUGCAUUUCAAACAGUUGUGACCUUAUUUAAACUUUACUCAGCUUUAAAUUUGAGGAUGCUACUUUUUGUUGUAUUUCAAAGACCAGUCUUGAAACGCUGUACAUACUCUGUAUGUUACCAGGAGUAAUAAAGCUAUUUCACGUUCUAGAUUUCA